ACUUGCAGCUUCUGCAUGAAGAAGAGGGGUCACAAACCCACUGGUAUUCUGACGCAUACAGCAAAACAAAAUGGGUUUGCAUCUGUUUCUGAACUUCUACAAGUGAAAGGGCCUGAAAACUUUGUGUAUAAUAGGGUGAAAGACAAGGAUGCUUCCCCGAUGAAAACUGCUUUGAAUGUGGAGCCUGAAGUUGGUUCGCCAAGGAAGCCAGGGAAAGAGAAUUCUUUGGAUGGAAUAAGUGAUUUGCCCUUGCAUUCGCAGAAUGAAAUCCCUAGUCCCAAGAUAAUCAAAUUCAAGAAAACAAAAAGGGAAGAGCUGAAAGAAGUUAGCAAUGGCCAUGGUGAAGAUGCAGCCAAGAUGCAGCUUCAAUGGUUAAUAUGAAGAAGCCUAGGAUAACUGAACAAAUGUCCAAAAAUGACGAUGCUGUUGUUCCAAAAGUCCAUGAUGAUGAUAUAUCAGCUAUGGAUGUUAUUGGGAAUGAUAACCUUGAAACCAUAAUGAAUCCAUCUUCAAAGUCCUGCUGGAAGCAGAUAAAUGAAGUGGUGCAUAAUGAGAUUCCAUUGCCUCGAGGCUCAAUUUUAACCAAUGUGGCAGGGGUUGACUUGGCCCCUGAAGAUGCUGGACAAGUCUUACAAUUCCUGGAAUUUUGCAAUGCUUUUGGCCAGGCUUUUGAUCUUAAGAAAGGGCAUGCUGAAGCAGCCAUUAGGGAAAUGGUAAAGGGCCGAAGAGGAUGCCGGACACAAUCCUCUUUUGUAAUCCAGAUUCAUAUCCAGCUGCUGGCUCUGAUACAAGAAGAUAUAGAUGAAAGGUGUCCAACCCUAAGUCCAACAGAUGGCCAGAAUUCAUGGCUGCUAUCUCUUGGGGAUUUUGUCUCCAAAUAUCCUUUCAUGUCAAAGGAUUUCCCUCCUGAUCGUUUCAACAAAGGGAAUGCCAUAUACGAGGAGUUGAGCAUCUCUGGAAAGCUCAAACUCCUUAAUUUUCUGUGUGAUGAAACUCUCAACACCAUGGAAUUAAGAGACAUCAUUGAUGAGCAAAUUUUGGAAUUAGACGAAAGUAGGAAGGAAGCCAAGGCAAAAAUUCUUGCUGCAAAGGAAAAGGAAAAGGAAGUGAAAAAGAAGAAGCAGGAUGAGAUUGCGAAAGCUGUACUUGCAAAAAAUGGGGCUCCUUUGUCUAUUUCUGAGCAUGAAGCAUUAAUGUCUCAGAUAAAAGAGGAAACUUCUCAAGCUCAUGCAGAAAUGGAGGAGGCUAAGGCCAUGGUGUCUAAGGGUGACAAAAAAACAGAAUCACAAAGAUCUGAUGCUGUUAGAAGUGUUCCCCUGCUUUUGGAUAUCAAGGGUCGUGCAUUUUGGAGACUGAAAAGCUACAAUAAUAGCAAAUACAUCUUACUCCAAGGUAUGGGUGAUUGGGACUCUGAUUCUCCCAGCGAGAAGUGGUUUACCUUUGAUGAAGCACAGAUACCAGAAGUUGAGAGAUACAUAUCCGUGACUAGGCAAGCCAUGUCAAUAAAAUACGUUUAGCCCACUUCCAUAAUGUCUAGGAGGAAUGUUAAGGUCAGAAAAGGUUAUGAACCAGUGCCAGAUAUGUCAACAUGGAGGCAAGCCAUGUCAAUAAAUUCUGCAGCAGCCUUUAAUAUUUUGAGGGCACUUUGAACACGCUGUUGUAUACUGAAAAUGGUGAGGCUGGCCAGCACUAGAGGCUAACUACUGCUUCACCUUCAUGGACGGAUGCAAGUGGAUGUAAAUGGGCGUCUCUCCCCAUCAAGUAGAAUCCAGAGUUUCCAUUUUUUGGUUUCCUUUUGUUAAUGGGGAAAGGGGGUAGAAGUAGAACAGGGGACAGUUGUAUUGAUGAAGUCAUGCAUUUGAGGACAUGGUUUAGAUGGGAGAAGCUUUCCCUUUAUGUAGAAAUUACCUCAGUUUAAGACGGUGAAACCCUCCAUCUAUGGUUUGCUGCUCCAGUCUCCUUUUUUGCUUCCCAUUUCUAAGCUUCUCUAUGUUUGAAUCUGUACAUUUGUGCUUGGUUUGGUGGUGUGGCAAUGGACCUUUACAAGGCCAAAACAGGGUGAGCUUAUGGUAGUAAAACGCAUCACUUAGGUGUCGUUUCAUUAUUUUCCGUUAAGAAGAUCGAGCGAGGGAAAAUUGAGACACGUAUAGUUUCAGAAAUUGGGAUUAUCAGAAUUGGAAGUUGCUUGAGCUUUGCCACUACAACCUCUCAUUUCGUUCUAAUCCUGCUGCUCCACUUCAAGAAACUAAGCUUGGAAUUGGAGAGGGAGCUCUGAAUAAUCUGCCGGGGAAAAAAAAAUGAAAGCUCUGAUAGCAGCAUCUCCGGUUGCGGUGGCAAAAGUGGGAACCGUUCCCCGUGUUCCUGUAACUCGUCGUCUCCAUGGCGCCCACCGUGGUUACUGCUGCUGCUGCUGCUUCCUCUCUUCGCAUCCGAAUUCUUCUUCCUCAACACCGUCGACGGCAAGAUUGGGUCUCCAGCGAAACGGGCAAACCCUCAGGUUGGUUUUGGUCGCCAAAGCUGCUGAUUCCACUCAGCCGACUUCUGCCGCUGCCUCCAAAACCCUUGUUCCUGAUGAUGGAUUCACUCUCGCGAAGAUAUCAUUUGGUGUUAUUGGGCUUAGUAUUGGCGUUUCACUCUUGUCAUAUGGGUUUGGAGCCUAUUUCAAUAUCCUUCCAGGAUCUGAAUGGUCAGCUUUAAUGCUCACUUAUGGAUUCCCCCUUGCAAUAAUUGGUAUGGCUCUUAAGUACGCGGAACUUAAACCAGUCCCAUGUUUGUCCUAUUCGGAUGCUGUUGCAUUAAGGGAGACAUGUGCCACUCCCAUCUUAAAGCAGGUCAGAAAUGAUGUUAUCAGAUACAGAUAUGGAGACGAGCAACAUUUAGAGGAAGCCUUGAAGAGAAUAUUCCAGUAUGGUCAGGGAGGAGGAAUUCCUCGCAGGAGUGCACCUGUUCUACAAAAGAUUCGUGAAGAAGUUACUGAUGAUGGGAAAUACUGCCUUGUCCUGGAAUUUGAGGCGAAAGCUCUAACAUUAUCCGACUUCGAAAAAAGACAGGCAAAAUUCACUUCCUUCUUUGGACCAGAUAUCACAGCAGAAGUUGGUGAGUUGUACAUUAAGUGUCUUCAUUCUAAAACCUUCACAAUUCUUGAUUUGCUUGUGCGAUUAAUCAGUAAUUUAUGUAAUGCUGCUAAUGAGAAUGUGCUCUUCAACUAGCUGGCAUAUAAGGGAAUUACUUUCUACACCAGGGCAUUGAUUGUACAUGAGUAGUUAGAAUCUCUAUUAUUAAAGUUGAUGUUCGAAACUAUGAAACAUAUGCAACUGUCAUUCAUAACGUAUGCUGCCAAGAUGUUCACAGUGAAGCUGGAUUGAAAUGUAUUCUCUCCCGCUACUCAAUUAUUGAGAUUGAAAUGUUUUUGUUGGCAUUACCUACUGUUGCUUGAUUAUAGCCAAUUUUUAUUUCGACGAAUCUGAAACUACAAAAUACUGAAGUACCAGGAGAGACAAUUGUGGUUCAACACCUAUGGGACAAGCUGCGUGCUUGUGGUUUCAUAAGCAGAACAGAUGAGAUUUGUAUGGAAUGAGAGAGCAUCUACCUCUGUCCUUUCUCUGUGUUCUUCUGACUCCUUGUUCCUCGUGCAUUUCUUGUUUUUUUUCUUCUCCGAAUUGCGUGACAGAGGUGGAGCCUUUUCAGUUUUCUCAAUCACACACUAGUUAUUUGGUGAAUUCCAUGUUGCUGUUAAACAGAAUCUUCUCCAAUUUCCAUACACCACCACCAGCAAAAGCCAAAAGCUGGCAACAGCCCCAUUUUCACAUUUCACUCUUUGCAGAGGAAACAACAAAGCUUAGCUUGACUGAAGCUACAAGAUCGAACCACAAAAGAUAUGGAACCGCAAACCCUUCCUACAUUGUCACCAUACAAGAUACAACUGAAACUCUGUUUCAUAAAGACCAUCUGAUCAGCUCAUCAUCAAUAUCAUAGUUCCUUUACGCACUGCUAAGCUCUCUGGCCUAUCCGGGUUUCGAUAUCAGCAGCCUUCGAGCUUGCGUAGGAAUAUGUUUUUCUUGCUUGUUGGUUUGUGUUUCUCUCUUUGCCUUUUUCUCAUCCAUGACAGGCAACCACCUUGGCUGCUGCUGCUGCUGUAGGUACUGCACCUCCAUAUAACCUCUGUUUUGGAAGACUCAUUUUCCAUUUGAGGCUGCACAUAGAACACCACAAAUUUGGCGCAUCAAUAUGUCGAAUUUUCCUUCUUCUUCCACGUGUGUUAGGUUCAAUUAAUCAUGUUUAUGAAAGCAGCAGGCAUUCGUGUUUGAGCUAGAGAACUAUGACGGUGAAUGAGAUAUUGAAAGAGAACUCAAACUGCCUAUCGGAGGGGCACUCUUUCGAUAGUUGACGUGCUAGUUUGAGCUGGAAGGGGGAAAAAGGCAGUUGAAUAAGUGGGUAACUGUUUUUCAUUCUUUUGGGUGUUGAGAGUUCCUGGAUAUGAGCUAAUUUUGGGUGACGAAAACGGAGACUGGGAAGAAGUACCAUGUUCUCUCUGCCCCACCCACAGCAGUGACUAUCAAGCACAUUGGACCUCCCAUUUUUGGGUUGUCCACUAGGGAGGGACCUCUCGAAAAGGCAGCAAGGAAUAUGAAUGGCAUACAAAUCAUCCCAGGAUUGAAAGACCAAAGCCAUGCAGGUAAAUGGAAAGGCUGAGUAUUUGUGGCUAUCAUGUUGUUGUGUAAACUGGGUUCAACUCUCAUCAUUGUACUAAAUUCACGGAACUGCCAUGGGGGAUUUUCAGGUCGUGAUGGGGCGGCUCUAAAUGCAGUGAAUGUAGAAAAUUGUGCAGCAAAAGUUUAAGAUUCCUAUGUAUGUUGUGGUGUGGUUGCAGAGUCCUCUGAAACACUUGACAGCGAUGUGGCAUUCUCAUUGACAACUCCACACCAUGGAAAUCAGAAAGAAAAGCAGCAAAAAGUCAUUAUAGGAGGCACAGCUGAAGCAUUUUCGUUGGCACUACAUAAAAACAAAUGCAAACUAAAGGUACGUACUCACAGAAAGCUAUCUUUCUUUCUACCUUUCUUCGUGAUAUUUCUAUUAUCUUUAGCUGAAACAGGUUUGUAACCGAGGCAUGAGAAAACAGGUUGAAAGAUAGGGAAGAAAGAAAGUGGGAUUGAUGCAUAAUGUAACCUGAGCAUCUGAUUAGCUGCAAUCGCCUAGAAAUGCUUAACAUAAACUCUAUAUUUGUGGGACAUGCAAACUCUGGUGUUUAGAUAUCGAGAAGGGGACCAAUUAUCAUGACUAUGAAAUUUGGAGUGGUGGAGGGGACCAAUUAUAUUUUUGUUUUCUUUCCCUUCAGUGGCAUUUGUUCUUGGGGAGGGCCUCGACACAUCACACCUAUAUACCCCACAGGUCACAACGAAGGUACCCAGUUAUUCUGUUAUUGCCUCUCCAUUUUAGAAGGCACAGUAUCCAUCUAGCACCCCUAAUUUCCCAAUCAUGUCGAUCAGGUAAUUUAGGCCAAGAAAGGAAAACGAACAGACAAGUGUAGAUGCAUAAGUUGAUCAACUCCUGCCUUGACUUAGCUGUUAAUUAAUGGCCGAUGGAUGAUGAAAUCUCUUAAUUCAAAGGUGGUUACCUUUUCUGCAGCUUUCAGAACAGUCGCCUUACAGUUAGGGGAAUCUUCUCCACCUUCUGCUUCACUUCUUUUCAAUGGUGAUGAUCUUUCUGUUGAACUGAUCUCCUCAGGUGGUGAAGUGCUCUGUGUUCCAAUAUCUCUAGUACUUCCACUUCCACAGCUCUCUGUCUUUCUCUCUGAACAAAAAUCAAACCGAACUACUUGCUUAUCGCAGCUCUCAGAAACAACAACAGAGAGCCAAAGUGUUCACGUUGAGCUUAGAAUCGAACCUGGAAUCGGUGAGGUAACAUGAUUGUGGUUCUGAUGAUCCUGGGAAGCUCCAACAACAGCAGCAGGCUUGACCAGGAUUUGCCUCGGAUGGGUAGACGAAGAAGAGUAAACAAGAGGAGCAGACACAGAAGAAAUCUUGUUAUAGAAUGAUCUCCCACUCAGUGUCUUGGCUGAAAGACACUCCAUGGGCACCUGUCCUGAGAGAGGGUUGCAUAUGUACUUCUCAGCUUCGUUCCACUUGGAGUGCAGAGCAAACCCGUCUGGGGAUAAGCACUCCCCUGUCCAGCUGUUGCAGAGUCCCGACCUUGUCUGCAGAGCUUUGAGAGCAGUGGUGAAUGAGUAUGUUGAUGGGUCGAUUUCUUCUUUGAAAGGGUAGCCUGGAGAAGAAGCAGUGCUUGAAACGGUGAGGUGUGAUGAUCUGAAAGACCUGGCAUUGGCCUCUUCUCUGAAACUUCUGAUAUGGGAACCUGAGAACCUUCUGCUGGACUUGGUGUUGUCACGGCUUGGUUGAGACCUCACACCCCAAUAGUCUCUUACACUCAAAUCUGGUAUUUCUUCUCUUCGUCGAGAGCCGAACUGAGAUUUUUCGAUCGAUGAAGCCAUAUGGAUCGGUGGUGAUGGAGUUGAAGAGAUGGGGGAGUCACAGGAAUAAGUGGAAACACUAACAUGGGAGGGAAAUGCUGUCUCUUGAAGUCUUUUCUUUUCCUUUUAUAUGACUUUGGGAAGGUCUAGUGUGCAUGCAGUUCUCUUACUAGAAUAAGGCAGAGCGAUAAAUUUUGUCAUUUACCUGUUUCCACCAUUCAUGGCUUGGCACAUAAUAGAUAGUCGCCAGUCUGAGCUAUUUUUGUUUUAAUGCAUAUGAUACCUCCCUCUAUCAAGUGGUAUUUUUCCUUUUAUAUAUAGGCUUCCUCGAUAUGUAUUGACCUAAACUAUAAGAGCAUCUCCAACGGUUUGACUCUCCCCACUUUCAUUCCUACGUGGCCCAAGCUUGCAAUUUCAAUUGCCCAUUGCACUCAUGUGAGUGGCAAUUGUA